AUGAGCAUGGAGCCUCGCUCCAAGCAAGAAGAUAGCGGAGUGGUAAACAUUACGAGGGCAAUAGAGGCUUUGUCCCCUUGGUUGAACAACCCAAGGAGGACGAUCUUCAAGGUGGAAGUGCUGGUGCUAUUGGCUGCUGCGCUGCUGCUUGUCCAGCUUAUCUUGGGCUACUGCAGGCGGCGAUGGCACAAUAAUUGCUUCAUCAAAUAUGGCCUGCAGGUGCCUUGCAAACUUAUGAACCCUCUCAUCAUCUACACCUUGGGCACGAUGCAGUCCUCACCAAUCAAGAAUUCGUCGUAUCCCGUCUGGGCUGGUUUUCUCAUCAUGGCUUCAGCAGGCACCACCGCCGUCCGGCAAUAUGAUUUCUGUGGCAGCUUUUUGAACAAGUCUAUGCAGGUUAUGGGCGAGUGCUUCCUGGAUGGCUUUUACUUAUUGAUGUUCGCCGUGCUACUGGAUCCAAAUACGUAUAAAUCAGCCUGGGACCCACAGGUGUCUGGGACUUUAAAGGAAUCCACAGCAAGUUCAAAUGGUGUCUUAGAACUUGUUCUGGUUGUUACAUGCACAAAGUUCUUUGUAUCCCUUUGGUUAGUAGCCUUUGCAUACAAAUACAACAUAAAGCAGGGUACUCUUUUAGACAUGAUCGGUCGCACAAUACAUGCAGUGAGCAGGGAGGAAACUACUGCGAAUGAUGCUGCGAGUGACUCUUGCCCUCAGAGCAUGAAGGGGUACAAAUAUGAAGUUUGUUAUCGUCUGUUUGGAGGUGGAUCCAUUACCAUUGACCAGAUAUGGGAUUCUUGUGGCAACUCAGCUCAUGAUGGCAAUGCAUUGAAAGAUAUGUGCCUAUCCUAUGCCUUGUCCCAGAGGCUACUGAGGCAGCAAUAUUUUGGGCGCAAGGUGUAUCACCUAAAAGACCAUGAUUUUGUCUUCAAAAAAUUGUUGCAUUCUCAAAUGGAUUUCAAAAGAGCCUUCAGAAUUAUUGAGGUAGAGUUGGGAUUCUGCUACGAUUUCUUCUUCACAAAGUACUAUUUUACCUUCUUCUGGUCGAAUCUAUUGCCGGUGCCAUUAAUUCAAUGUUUGAUUCUAUUCAAGAUCUAUCUAAUUUUGAGGGUUGGAGUGUUUGCAAUCACAAAAUCACUGGUUCUUGAGACGCCAAAUCCUAUCAUAGAAGUAGGCAUUUCAGAAGCUGAUUACAUCAUCACUAUACUAGUUGUCGUUAUAGCCCUCCUAGUGGAUCUAGUGCAUGAAGUGUUUUACCUGGCUUCGAAUUGGGCCAGGGUAUCACUGGCCUGCAUGCAUGUCAGGAAAUAUUGUUAUGAAUCCAAUGCAUUUAUAUUUAUUUUUGGAAAAGUCAUUGGCUUUGUUAGAAGGGUUACGCUUUCAGCAGCGUUGAGAAAUAAGAUUCACCAGUACUCAUUUAUUUUUGGAUGGAAGCCGCAGCCAGACCCUGUAGAGGUUUCUGAUGCAGUGAAAGAAGCUAUUGCUACGUCGCUCAUAUCAACUUAUGGAAGUAACCUAGCUACUAGUGGAGAAACAUCAGUAAGGCUGCUGCAGAACCAAAUGUCUGAUCAGUAUUCUUGGGCACUCAAGGAUCUCUGUCAGCUGGAAGUCAUGUUGAUCUGGCACAUUGCAACUGAAUACUGCGGUAUUUCUGAUGAUCCUAGUAAUGAGAACGGGACUAAUCCAGGAAGUAAUCACCGAGGUGCACAUUUGUUUGAAUAUGUGCUACAACUGCUUCGUCCAGACUCUAGAAGAAACUGGAUUGCUCAAGAUAGUCAUCGAGGCGUUGCAGUUCAUUUGUCUCGAUACUGUGCAUACAUGAUUGGAUCUGUCCCAGAACUGCUUCCAUACCACGAGGCGGAUAUAGCAGAGUUGGCAGAUGAGGUGAUGGAUUAUCGUAGGAAGCUUUCCGGAUUCUUCUAUAGACUUCCUGAGAUUUACAGUAAAAUGAAGAAUUUAGAAGGCACACAAGAGGAAGAUGACCCUAGGACAAUGUUCCAAAAAGGCGUGAAACUCGGUAAGCAGCUGGAGAGGAUGCCGGAUAGGGAUCGCUGGGAGGUGCUAGAAGAUUUCUGGCCCAAGAUGAUCAUCCAUGCCGCUGCCUCGCACUACACUGCCAAGCAACACAUGCAGCAUCUUGAAAAUGGCGGGGAGUUCCUCACCCAUAUCUGGGCUCUGCUUGCUCAUGCAGGCAUUCUGAACAUUAAUAGGAACAAGGAUCAGGAGGACCGAGCUAAUCCAGGCUCUGGCCACUCAGCUGCUACAUGA